AAAUCGUGAGCGAUGAAGUCAAUGAAGUUGUUCAUGACGUAGUUAAUGAUGUUGUCGAAGAAGUCGUCGACGACGAAGUUGUUGAUGACGUGAUCGACGAAGUCGUGGGUGAAGAAGUUGAAGAGGAUAUUGAUGACGUAGUUAAAGAAGUCGUUGGUGAAGAAGUUGAUGAAGUCGUAGGCGAUGAAGUCGAUGAAGUUAUUGAUGACGUAAUCGACGAAGUCGAGGGCGAAGAAGUCGAUGAUGUAGUAGAUGAUGUUGUCGAUGAAGUCGUCGGCGACGAAGUCGAUGAAGUUGUUGAUGACGUAAUCGACGAAGUCGUGGGUGAAGAAGUUGAAGAGGUUAUUGAUGACGUAGUUGAAGAAGUCGUUGGCGAAGAAGUUGAUGAAGUAGUUGAUGAAGUAGUUGAUGACGUUGUCGAUGAUGUAGUCGAUGAUGUUGUAGAUGACGUGAUCGAAGAAGUCGUCGAUGACGUAGUCGAAGAAGUUGUUGAUGACGUAGUCGAAGAUGUCGUUGAUGACGUAGUCGAAGAAGUGGUCGAUGACGUAGUCGAAGAAGUCGUCGAUGACGUAGUUGAUGACGUUGUAGAUGAUGUUGUUGAGGAAGUUGUAGAAGAUGUAGUUCCGGAUGUCGGUAGCGAACUAUACUCCAGGUCGCAUCCUCUGGAAUUGGCAAUCAAUCUUAAGUCAUCUUCUUCAGUGUAA